GCUGUUUUUUUAUUUUUUAUUUUAAUUUUUAGUUUGAUUUAUUUAUAUUUCAAAAAGUGCGUUGUUGACAAAAAAUAAAAAUAAACAAAUUUACGCUGUUGCAUUAUCUUAACUGGUAUAUCCAGUGCAUGAGUUAUGGUAGAUGCUGUCUCCAGUAAGACCUUUUAUGUAGUCCUAGAGUAAUUCUGAGCGACCUAGCUGGUCUCUGGACAAAUGCAUGACUGUCCCGGGAGACUAUGUACCCUAGAUCUGUAUGGUGAAACACACAGAGGCCAACCAGUACUCCAGCCACCUCCUCAGAGCAGCUAUCUGCAGUGUAAUAUCUAUUUGUUUAAGUACUACAGCUCGCAGCUUAGGUGGAAGGAACCAUGACCUUUAUUUAACAGUGGUUUUUCUUUUUUGUUGUUGUGUUUUACAGUUCUUUUCCCUGGUUCAGCCUGAACUAUAUACCAGGCCCUGCUGAAAAUACCACUCAACCGUUUUCUUCUCCAGCUUGUCCAGUUUCUCUUAAGUGCCCUGUACAUGUUGUAUGUUUUAUGCUGACAUGCACUUUGUUAACCAAAGACAAAAUCACUGGUAUUUGAAAACUCUCUAGUUACAUUUUGUUUUCCAUUUCUUUGCUUUGCUCACACUCUCUGAUUUGGGGGUGGGGUGGGCUACCGGACAUGGGCAGAUUAAAUCCGUAAAAGCCUUUGCCUGACCGUAACGUAGCACCCCCCCAUCACUGAAGUCCUGGUUUAGCUUUACCUGACGUGUAACCAGUCGCUCACAGUGGAGGCAGUGAUUAUGUUAGCCGAACCAAUAUUCCUGGCCGUGCAGCCUAUUCCUUCACUAGGAUAAGUGCAUCAGAUAGUCGUUCCUAGAGGGGUGAACUGGCUACAUAUUGGUUACGCCAACAGAGUGGCUGCAUUUACUGUGCGUAGUAGAUAGUGGUCCACAGACACACAUACGUGGCUGCAGUAGAUUGCGGCACGUCUCCAAUAAGCCGAGAAUCUGUGCUCUUAGCGCAUCUUAUCAGGUAAGGAAAGAGCCUCCUGAGCUCAGCCGGGACAUGUUAUCGGGCUUUCUAAACCUCCCAGACCUCCUCUUUACACCACAUAGCAAACUCUUACACUAUUGUAUGGUAGGUAUGCUGAAAGAGCUAGUGAACUGUUCCCUAUGAAUUACUCCUAAAUAAAAACUUUUUUUUUUGUCUUGUGUAUCUUGAUUUUUCUGUGUGCUUUAUAGUGAAGCAGCCGACACGAGUCGUUGUUCAUAAAACAGCUUUUGAAAGUUGAGAGCACACCCCCGGAGAACCGACUGUGCUUGCUUACGUUUGAGUCAUGAAUUAAAAAUCGAGUACAGGAAUAAUACCCGAUGAGGCCAAAGCUUUAACCCUUAUGGCCCCAGCCAAUGCAGUCACUGGUCUGUUGCCGGGAGGUGGACUUCUGCCCACUCCAAAUCCACUGAGUUCGAUUUUUGAAGAAUUGAAUGUGCCCAAUCUUUUUCAGCUUGGCGCUGUUCCUCUAUCUGCACUGGGAGGUCCUACUCUUGAUCCAACUCUGGCGGCCCUUACUCUUCCAGGAGCUAAUCUAAACUCACAGUCUAUUGCAACAGAUCAGCUGUUAAAACUUAUGAGCACCGUUGAAACAAAACUGAAUCACGUAACAGCGGGGAUCGUGUCGCCAAGUCUGAAAUCUGAUGCCUCGAACAAAGACAUCGAGGAAGCGAUGAAGAGGGUUCGUGAGGCUCAGUCCCUGAUUUCGGCUGCCAUCGAGCCGGAUAAGAAGGAUGAGAAAUCAAAAAAGCAUUCAAGGUCACGUUCCCGUUCCAGACGGAGGAGAACCCCUUCUUCUUCCAGGCACAGACGCUCUAGAAGUAGAUCGCGCAGAAGAUCUCAUUCAAAGUCUCGAAGCAGAAGACGGUCCAAGAGCCCCAGGAGGCGGCGAACCCACUCCAGGGAGAGACCCCGACGUUCUCGGUCUAAAUCUAGAGAGAAAAAGAGGGAAGAAAAAGAAAAAAAGCGUUCUAAAACCCCACCCAAAAGCUACAGCACAAGCAGGCGAUCUAGAAGCACAAGCAGAGACAGAAGACGCAGCAGAAAGAGUCGUAGUGCGUCUCGCUCCCCCAAGAAACCGAGGUCACCUAAAAGGAAAGCAUCUCGCUCCCCAUCACCUAGAAGGCAUAAAAAAGAAAAGAAGAAGGAUAAAGAGAGAGAAAAGAACAGAGAUGAGCGAGAGAGAUCUUCCAGUAAAAAGAAGAAAAGCAAAGACAAAGAGAAGGAGCGAGAGCGCAGGUCGGAAAGCGAGAAGGACGUGAAACAGGUUACACGGAAUUACGAUGAAGAGGAGCAGGGCUACGACAGCGAGAAAGAGAAGAGGGAAGAAUUCAUGGUGACAGAGGCCAGCCCCCCGCAGGAGAGCGAGGUACCGGCUGAGAAAGGCAGCGGAGAUUCAGUAAAGGACUCCAAAGUGAAUGGGGACGAUCACCACGAGGAAGAUAUGGAUAUGAGCGACUGAGGGUGCCAGUAAGCCCCCGAAGACCAGCUGGUCCUUCCUCUGUGAUUUUUCAUUUUCUAUUUAAAAUGUUCUUAUUUUGUUGUAUGCAAUACUGAGCUACUGGUGAAUGUAAAAGUCAUUAGCUCUGUACUUGGAGGGUUUGUCUAAAGCUUUGAAGUGAAUAACCAGUCUUUUGUGGUAAAGAAAAAAAAAUAUCCCCAGGUCUCUAUAGUGUGACGCAACUUAAUGAAGUGUUGCAUGCGUCGGACACCUCGCAUGGGUUGUAUAAUUUGCUAUUUAGUUACCCAGUUUCCUUGUGUGCUGAACGGAGUCAUUGCUGCAAUAAUUAUACCGGAGAUAAUACACUGAAUACAUGUUCACAGUAACCGGAACAUCGCUGACCGCAACUUAAUGGUAUUCUGUGCAGUAAAUUGGAGAAAUAAACAUUUCAAAAAUAAUGCAUCCUCCUAAUGUAGGUAGACUGCUAGCCGUACAGAUUAAUAUUAUGUGGGUUUUGUUUAUGCUUUAAGAGACUACAGUAAAAAUGUUUUUUUUUUUUUUUUAAAGCUGUGAUAAUCCUUCAACAUAUUGCUCCGCUGUUUUUGUUUUGUGAUCUUCAGAAUAUAUUCGAUAGUAUGAAGAAAAAAAAAACACACAGGAUUUUUCCAGUUGCGUAAAGUGUUUUUACACUCACGUCUGAAUGUUCACUUGAAUUUAUUUUUUAUUUUUUCCUUUUGCGUUGUACAUGCUCUUGGUGCAUUUUUAAUUGGGUAUUUUGUAUGCAUUCAAGAGUUUCUCAUGUUCCUAGAUUUUUUUUUUUUGGUUUGUUUUUUUAAUUCUGGUCAGACCGUUAACAUUACCUUUUUUGUGUUCACUAUUGGUGCAGUAGUGAUCUGAUAGUGAGUCCAUCAUCCUGUUAUAAGCAGAGUUAGUUGGUGCAUUAGUUUCAGAAUUUUCAAAGCUUCGGUUUUGUUAACAAAUGUAGGUUCCAAUCUGUGCCAUCUCGAUGUACAGUUCCUGAAAUUUUUGUUUUACAAAAAACUUUGAUAAUAAAAUCUAUAAACACA